AUUCAUUUCUUAUUUUCAGAUCCGCUGCAAAAUGAGAGAGAUAAUGGUCAAUCAAGCUGCCUCUUGUGACCUAAAGGAACUAGUACAGAAUUGCAUUCCUGAGGUCAUUGGGAAAGAGAUUGAGAAAGCAACCUCAAGUAUCUACCCACUCCAGAAUGUAUUUAUCCGUAAAGUGAAGAUCUUGAGGCCCCCAAAGUUCGAUCUUGGGAAGCUCAUGGAGGUCCACGGCGAUUACUCGGAGGAUGUGGGGGUGAAGGUGGAUAGACCGGAUGAAGACACUACGAUGGAAGGGGAAACAGAAGUAGUUGGAGGCUGAUUGAGUUGUUAUUGUCUCGAGUUCUCUCGUGACAUCAGUUUUGGUAUGUGCCUCAUCAGUUUUGGUAAUUUUAGAUGUUCACAGUUUUAGUAUGCCUAACCAUGUUUUAUUUAUUUAAAUAUGGGAUUAUUGUAGACCUUAUGUGGGUUUGUUUUGUCUUGCUUGGGUUGGGCCUUAGUGCAGCUUGACAGUGUUGUUGUAAAACCUUGAUUGCUUGCUAAAUGAACAUGGAUUUUGUCA